UCGAAAAACACGGGUACCACAUAAUUUUCGGAAAACUACUUUCGUUUUCACAAUAAUUUAUUACAGACCUUUGACGAGUUUGAAAAACUGCACAAAAGGUAAAAUGGCAGGCAAACUUUCAAUUGCUGAUAAAAAGCAACUAGAACGUUAUAUACAAGCGGGUCCCAAACAGUUUGGCUUGCUAUACAGCUUUACCAGGGAUGGUGCAGAUGCAUCAGUUUUCCAUCGACUUUGCGACAAACAAGGCCCAACAGUUACUGUCAUUUAUAACACUCAAGGUACAGUGUACGGAGGCUACACAGAGAUAAGUUGGACUUCAGAGGGCGGGAAAUACUAUAGAGAUGAUCAUGCUUUCCUGUUUCGUCUUUAUCAAAAUGGCAAAAGUAAUCCGAUGAAAUUUCCAGUGAAAAAGCCAGAUAAUGCCAUUUACUGCUGUAACACUAAUGGACCGAUAUUUGGAGGAGGAUAUGACGUGAACACCUUUAGUGGAACCCUUCCCAUUCAAACCAAUCAGUUCACUCUAAACGGAGGAUUUAAUUUUGGCAGUGCAUACGACAUGGGUUCAUGUUCUAUAGAGCAGUUUUGUAACAACAUCAAAACAGUCACAGACUUAGAGGUUUACAGCGUGUCUGAUACAUCGUUAUUACCACCCUGGAGAGAGAUUGGAGGUUGGGAACAUCGGGAUUUAGAAGAUUUGAAAAACGAAAUUGAUGCGUGGACACCCCCACAUGGAAUUAAACUGAAAACAGCAAACAUUCUUUUUCUGGGUCCGGUUGGUGCCGGUAAAUCCAGUUUCUUCAAUACAAUUUCUUCAAUAUUUCGAGGUCAUGUGACUGGACAGGCUGUUUGCGGUAGUGCGGAACAGAGUAUUACAUCGAAGUACCGCAUGUAUCGUGUGCGAGGUUCCGCUCUGACAAAACCAAUGAAAUUUAGGCUAUGUGACACCAGAGGGAUUGAAGAAAAUCAAGGUAUGGAUGGCACAGAGCUUAAUUACCUUUUGGAGGGAAAUGUACCAAAUGGAUACCAGUUUAAUCCAUCAACCCCGAUUUCCCCAGACACAACUGGAUUUGUUGCCUCACCGACAUUGAACCACAAAAUUCAUUGUGUUUGCUUUAUAAUAGAUGGUAGCACAGCGUCAGUAAUGUCAGAGAAAAUGUUAGAAAAGAUUAAGGCCCUCCAGAGUAAAGUUCGACAAAAAGGUUUAUCGCAAGUAGUCCUAGUAACUAAAAUCGACAAAGUCUGCUCAAAUGUAGAGGAAGAUGUGUCCACAGUAUUUCAGAGCGUUGCAAUACAAGAGCUUGUUGAUACAGUUUCUAAUAUCCUUGGUGUACCGAGGAGUCACGUGUUACCAGUCAAAAACUAUGAAAAGGAAAUCAACGUGAGGGACGAUGUAAGUUUACUAGCGCUUCAUUCACUGCGACAGAUUCUCCGGGCAUCUGAAGAUUUCAUGUUCAACCUUCUUGAUAUGCUGGACGACGAAAGGGGUGAUUCAGAAUCUUUGGAAUAAAUGAUAUUUCAGCAAGGCAAACAUACUCGUAUAUCAAUCAAUUCCUGACACAUAUUAUCAUGACUUUUUGUUAGCACUGAUCAGUUGAUCAUGGCCAAUUACAUUAUUGAUGUUCUUAAUCAUUCUUGAAGACAGCUUAUAACUUUAGUAUACUGUUUAUAGUGCAAUAUGUCUACCAUAUAUUCUCAUAUAUAAAAGAUGUUGUAUAAGGGUAAUGCUAAUUACUAAAUUAGUUUUCUGGUUUCUUUUGUAUGCACCAACUGCUUUUUUCAUUUUAAACCCAGCCAAUAUUAUAUUCCAUAUAUUCUACAUCAUUUAUAUUUUGUCAUGGAUACAAGUCAUUUAAUAUAUUUUAAAUGACAAAUGCAAAAUUUUGAAUGGUUGAGUGUAUGGUAUUUUCUGUGUAUUAAAAAGCAAGUCAUAUUAAUUUAAGUAAGUAAAUGCUAGUAAAAUAAGAUAUUGUUGGAUAAUUUUCAAAAACAGUUUACAUGUUAUUGUACGCUUAAGCAUACGAAUACAAAUUAAAAUUGA